AGGCCACCGAAGCAAAUCCAGAGAGAUUGAGUUGGAAGUGAAGAGAGGCUCUGAGAUCUAUUUGCUUGGCUUCCUGACGACGAGGGGGUGUCUGACUUCUUUUUUUUCUUCUCCCCUGGAAGGGGGAUGUCGUUUAAGAGGGAUCAUUAGCUGCGAGCAGCCCGGCUGGGUCAAGGCUGGGAGGCGGAGACGCAGUUGCAAGCAGCGAAACAAGGUGGAGGCACGAAGACGGAAGACCAGGUUAAUGAAAGCAUGAGGUGGCUCUUGGGCAGCAGCUUGAAAAAUUUUGGACAUGCUGACAGGGGAAACUAUGACUGGCUAAACAGUGAACCGGGUGGGCCACUUCUGGAAACAGAGCUUCAGAGCAGACAACAGACAAGUUCAACCAAAGACGACAUAGAACCAUUUCUGUGUAUCAUAUUGCCUGCCACCAUGAUGCUCUUCCUGGCAUUCCUGCUGCUCUUCCUCUACCGCCGUUGCCAGCGCCCCGCUCAGCAGGGGCAGAUCUUCAGCAUCGACCUCCCUGAGGCCCUGCCUGAGCACGAUGUGUCCAAUUUCCUUUCUGCACUGCCCUGGAGCAGCGAACAGAGCUUCCACUACUCGACGCUGCUCCCUGACGCCACGUUCCUCUCCGUGUGUUUGCCUCCGUCCUACGAGGAGGCCACCAUGAAGACUUCCGUGGAAGAGGCUCACAUUGAGCUCUCUCCAGACCCAGUGCCUCCUUACGAAGAGAGCACGCUGCAGACCAGCAGCGCCAAAUAAAACUUCCUACAGAAGCACCUUAGCUGAAGCAUGCAGCACAAAGGUGGGACUGCUAUGGCCUUUAGGAUUUGUGAAAAGAUUCCAAAUGAGGCACAAAACCAAUGAAUUUAUGAAGGAAGAAACUUGAAGUAACAGGGACUGCAUCUCUUCACCUCGUCCUAGGAUUCUCUACCUUCCAUUUGUGGCAAGCGUACACAUGGUGUAGCAUCAAUCCAGACUGGUAACGUGGGGAUUCUGUUUAACAAACAUGUCAUGCAAGGAUUAAACUUAAGGAAAGCUGGGAAGCUCUUCCUCUGUAAUCCCUCAGCUACAAUGAAAUGUCAAUAACGCUAUAGAUUCGGCAAUCACAAAAAGGGCUUUUAGCACAUACAUAUUCCAGUUUGGGGUUUUUUUUCUAUUCUAUGCAUUUAUAUUUAAAUGAGUUUUUGACAAGCUGAGUCACUCAGUCUGUGUGUGUUUACAUCACAUCAUUCUGCAGUGCUCUGGAAUGAUCACAACAGCUCUCAGGAAAGCAAAUAAAUAUAUAACCUCUACAAAAUUUCCAAUAACUGUCCCCAAAGGUUCAAAUGUGCACUGUGAAUAAAGGCUGUCUUUUCUCACAAUUGGACAAUGAGGACAAGCAGCAAUCAGGGAAGACCUGAUUGUUCUGGGUGAGGAAGCCUCCAUGCAAGAGCACACUCACUCUGUUGCUGCAAGCUGCUUGCCAAGGUCUGCAAGGUCCCAGCAUUCCAGACUACUCAGUUGACUUAUUUUCCAAGUCUAAAAUAAUAAACCAUGUGACUUACUUGGUGCAGUGUGUAAAGGAGUUGGGGAAAAAUUAAUAAAAUCAAGUGCACCAAAAAAGCCCUGGUCUGUACUUCAAAACAGCUUUAUAAUCCCUUCCCCUUCAUCCCUAGGGCAGGGUGAGGCUAGUUCGAGUGUGUUGGUGGCAGUGGUUCAGAGGGUUUGUAUAUGCUUUCAGAAAAUGAUGCAUGUCAUCUUUAAUUCUUUCUUACAGGCUAGCAUUUUCACUAAGUUGAUAGAUGCUCUUGUUACAGAAGGUGGUUACUACAGAUCCUGACAGCCUCAAAAGUUCUGUUGGCAAGCCACAGACAAAUGCAGUGUCGUGGAAUAGCUGACACCUGCAAGGAAGAAACUGUUGUAGCAGCUGGUGCAGUCUUGGUGUAACUUACAAACCCAAGGGCUUGCACUUGGUGAUUUCAACAGCUGUCAGGAGGUGUCAAUAACAGCCAGGCCAGCUUUACCCACGUUCCUUAAAAAAAAACCCAACAAAAACGGUAACACAAUAACAGAAGAAAAAAUCCUCACUAUACAGCAGAAGAAAGGCCACUUUGGAGCUGCAAGGUGGUUGAAUUCCGUGUUGCGUCAACAGUGACACAAUCACAGUAACCAAAUAGUCCAUAUGAAAACUGAUGUUCCCACUCAUACAUUUCUCUUACAACAAAGAAAAAAAUAUGCCUUUUUUAUUUAGAAAAAAAAAAGGGUUAUUUUCUGGAACUACAAAUUUGAGUUAAUUCUUUUUCUAAUGUUCCAUUUGGGUCAUCAAACUGAAGCAGCAGAUAUUUUGGAAAACUCCAAAUUCAAUCAACCAUUUUUCUUUUCAGACCAUAUCCUGGAGCAGUUCCUGGUAUUUGCUGCUGUGUUUGAAAGCACCAUAUUCUAAUGCCUCCUCACAUUUUCUUUACUUCCUUAACAUUUGGUACAUGCAGUUGUUUCUAAGGAAAGCUGGAAAAAUACAAGAGCCCCAAACAACAUACCUAAUUGGAAAGGUGCAAAGGUUUGAGGUUCAAAGAUAAACCACUUCUGCCUCUGGUGUCUGUAUAUUCCACUAACCUCAGGGGAAUUGUAUGGAUAUGCUUGAAAACUCACACAUUGUCAUAUCAAGUUGAAUAUAUUGUGCCUUAAGAGAUCUAUUGUGUUCUGAAAUGAGUUAUGCUGUUCUUCAGCACAAUCUCUUCUUUACCCUUCACUUGGGUAGAGCCUGAUACUCAGCCUCUGGGCUCAUCAUUCUAAAAUGCUCUCUAGUUACCUUAGUUACAGUUAAGAAAAAUUUUGACUGAUAUUUCUUGUGACCAAGAUUGAUAUACUUCUAUAACUAGCUGAGAAUUGCUAUUCUCUGCAAGAAUAUAGAGUGAUUGUGUUUCACACAGUAUUUAUUGGACAACUCUCAAAUCCUGCUUUGUUAGCAUUUCAUCUCAAAUUCUGAUUGUUAGCAUUGCUAAAGACAAUUAAAAACAGACACUUGCUCAAAUCCAUAUUAACAGAAACACUCCCAUAACUUAAAUUCUUCCUUCUAGUAAACUGCUUUUUAUUCCAUCUGGAAUUAGUAUCCUUUAUCUUGUUCCAACACAGGUUUGUCUAGUCUUGUGUGUUAAUUGUCCAUAGUAGGUUCCAAUAUAACUGGCAUUUCUACUCUUAAAUCUCCAACUCAAAGAGAAGGCUCACAAAAAAAAAAAAAAAAAAAGAAAAAAAAAAGAAAAAAAAAAAAAAGAAAAAGUUUCUCAAGCAAAUAUACUGAAAUUAAGCCUCCACUGCCUAGAAGCUGCCUCUGAUCCUGUCAGGCUGUGCUACACACAUCUCAGCAUCCACUGUGUUACUGAUAUUAGUGCUACUGGUUGUGCAGCAGCUAUCAGGUCCUCUGGGCAAACACCUUGUGCAUCAAAGCACAGAGCUCAUGACCUGAAAGGAACUCGUGCCUGGAAGAUCUCCCAUUAUUUUAGCUGCAGUAAUCUGAAAGGUGAAGGUUUAGAGCAUCCCAUCGAAAAGAACGAUGUUGGAAUUGGGACCAUAAACAAAAAAAACUGAGGAGAGACAUUAAGUUGUCUAGUAUAUAAAAGGUAACUGCACACACAGUAAAAUAGGGACCCCUCAUGCCUACACCAAUCUGAACUGGUGCUAGGGAUUUUAAGCUAAAGUAAGAUUAAAUCUGAAAAGAAAUCUCUAAAAGCGAAGUGUAGGCUGAAAGUGCAGUGAAGCAGUGGACACACUGAGAAGGCAGACAAACAUCUGUCCAGAAUGAUGAAGGCUCCUGGUUAGAGCAGAGAAUAGAUUAGAUGUCUUCUCUGCGUCCUUUCCUGCUCCCAUGCCCUAAAGUUACACCAAAGUAAGUCUUGUUGCUUGUUUCCAAAUUGUAUGAAAUCAGAUGGCUGUUUCUUUGAAAAUUUCAUAUAAUGAGAUUUCACGUGCAUCCAGAAAUCACUAUAACAUUGGCAUUGUACUUUAUUACUACAAGGUUCUUUUUCUUUUUUUUGUUUUUUGUUUUUUUGUUUAAAUCUUAUAUCUGCUAGUAAACAGACAAUGAACUCACCUUGAUGUGAAGGGUAAUUGUAAUUCAUCUUUCUAUUAUGAAAAUACUAAGGAACCCUGAUGAGAUGAAUUAUGUAUACACUACCCCUUGUUUAUAUUUAGUAGGAAACCAUGGAACAAUACAGCCCCUUUCAUUAAGGGGGCCUCACAAGCCUCGAGAGCAAUCUCUGUGCUUGCCUUCCCCCUGAGAGCUGCCAGAGUCUCUCACUGUCAUGGGACCACUGUUCUGCAGAGCAAGACAGAUACACAUCUUGCACACAUGGCUGAUUCUUGAUCAAAAGACAUUGAAUGGAAAACAACACAGGUAACUUAUACAAAAUAGUUCUUCUAGAUAUCCACUGGAAAUAUUCAGCACAUAUCUGCAAUAAUGCCACAGGAGUUUCAUAUUUACAGAAUAUCCUGCCUGUCUCAUUUUAGCCAAAGGAAGAAAAGAUGACACAGCUCUCUGCAACCACUGUGGGAUCUCAGAAAAUAACAUCUCACAUAAAAUUGAUGCAUGCUUCUGCAUAGAUGGAGCAUCUGGCACCUGAUCUUUGCUGAACUUAAAACUAACUCGUGACUCAUUGUUUUGUACUUGCCAAUGAUAAAAUGUGCUUUUCAAAAAAGAAUAGUCAUUGCUUGGCAUUAUGAAGUAAGCCUUGGUCCAGGGAGGGCAGAAUAAGCUUUUCAGUGCAUACAUUUCACUGCAGAGAGA